GGCGACAUAUUCUCAGCACUUGUCCUCUUUGUUAAAAAAACACUUAAACUGCAAAAUCUUAUCGAAAGUUGAAUUUUGUGGUAAACACUGUUGUUAAAAAUGCAAGACAUCGGCGAACAUGAGAGCACUAAUGGCCUCAAAAUGGGAACGACAAUUAUUGCCAUUGAGUACGACGGUGGCGUGGUACAUGGUUCAGAUUCGAGAGUUUCUGCAGGUGCCUCGGUGGUGAAUCGGGUGAUGAACAAGCUGUCCCCCCUCCAUGAUAAGAUCUACUGUGCUCUGUCUGGAUCAGCAGCUGAUGCACAAACUAUGGCAGAGAUAGUCAGCUACCAAUUAGAUGUUCACAGUAUGGAGGUCGAUGAGGAUCCAUUGGUGUGUUCAGCAGCUACUCUGGUGAAGAACAUCUCUUACAAGUAUAAAGAGGAACUAUCAGCUCAUCUCAUAGUAGCAGGAUGGGACAAGAGGGGAGGUGGACAGGUCUAUGCAACCCUUAAUGGUCUGUUAACCAGGCAGCCAUUUGCAGUGGGUGGUUCUGGAAGUUUCUACAUCUAUGGCUUUGUGGAUGCUGAAUUUAGACCAGGCAUGACUAGACAGGAGAGCAAGGAGUUUGUAAUCAACUGUCUGUCCUUGGCCAUGAGCCGUGAUGGCUCCAGUGGAGGUGUGGCCUACCUCGUCACAAUCGACAGUGAGGGGGUUGAAGAGAAAUGUAUUCUAGGAAAUGAACUGCCAACAUUCGAGGAUACAGAAUUAAUAAUACAAACAGGACAUUGAAAACAUGAAAUAAUUGGUGUGAAUUUCAAGUGAAAGAAAAUCUAAUUUAACUUAGUAUGAAAGGGCAACAUCUUCAGCCACUUAAUUGAUCUAGCAUCAGAAUAUUUGAAUGGUUUAUAUGUUUGGUUUUAAAAUAAAAAAAUAUCAUAAUCAAUCAUUUUUUUCUUUCCUUUUACCAUUUUCCUUUUUUUAUUUCAUUUAAAAUAUGUACAGUAUAUAAACUCAACAGAGAAACAAACAUUUAGAAAACAUAGACACAUAUUUCACAACAUGAUCGAUUUGGCAAACAAAAGAUUCCAUUUAGCAAACACCUCACUUUCCUUGGCUUUAACUUUACACAUAAGGCAAGAAACCAGUUUUAUCACAAUAAAAUUGUUAACACAUAUUAGGUUUGCUAUAGAAGAGUGCUAUACGUUUGAAACAAUGUAAUUUAACUUCAAGGACGAGGUAAAAUAUUUUUUUUGUGGUAAUCAACAUUAUGCCACAAAUGCUGUUGA